CUAUUCUCUAUUUUUAUACUUAAUUUUAGAGGCUGCUGGAAGAUGUGGGCCCCCACCUGUUAUUGAUAAUGGAGACACCAUUGGCUUUGCACAGAGAGAGUAUGACUCAGGUUCCACAAUGAAAUACCAAUGCCAAAGUUUUCAUGUAAUGGAGGGUUCUGCAUAUGUUCACUGUCAGUCUGGCCACUGGACAGAUCCACCAGUUUGCUUAGAGCCAUGUACAGCAUCCCCAGAAGAGAUGGAACAAAACAACAUUCAGCUGAGAUGGAAAUAUGAUAAGAAAUUGUAUUCACCAAGUGGAGACUUCAUUGAAUUUGCCUGUGUACGGGAAUAUGAGAGGGACCCAGAAUCUUCUGAUUUUAGAGUCCAGUGUGUGAGGGGGAAAUUGGCAUAUCCUAGGUGUAUCACACCAGACUCAAGAAAAACAAAAAGAAGCAUCACGUUAACCCAGAUCUGAGCAUCAAAAUCCAUUGGCCGUUACUUGUUUUGUUCUCGCCUUAUGUCCAUUGCCACUAUUUGACUGGGUGAACUGAUAUAUGUAAUCACUUUUUUAUCUUUGUGCACAAUGUAUAUUUUUAAACACAUUUUAAAAUAGUAAUAACAGAUGGGCAAAUAUGUUCUAAUUCAUAUCAAACUACUUAUAAAUAUGAUUGUCAUCUAGCACAGUUGUACAGAAAAUACUGACUGCUCUAGUUAAAGUUUAAAUUCAUACUGUCUUUAAUUAUUUUUUCCUUUAAAAAAUAAAUAUUUGUAUAUUUCCUUUGUCACUCUU